AAUCAACAAAUAUUGUUUUCUCUUACAAUCUUAAUUGACCUUACAGGUGAUCCCCCUAUAUACUCAAUUAGGCAAUUUUUAAGAUAAUAAGAAAAACGUUGAUGGCACAACUAGGGAAAAAGGUUCAAAGGCAUUGUUAUCCAAUGCAGUCUACUUGUUCAGCAUAGGCAACAACGAUUAUCUACGUCUUUAUGACAUUCCAGAUAUACCUUCAGACUCGUCUUGCUUAUCUUAUACAACAGAGCACGAAUACAUGAAUAUGGUGAUGGAUAGCCUCGUUACAGUCAUGAUGGAAAUAUACAAGUUAGCUGGGAGAAAAUUUGGGAUCCAGGAUUUGUUGCCUUUGGGUUGUUUACCAAGAUUUAGGGGUCUUGCUUUGCUUAAGAAAGGUCCUCAUAGUGAUUGCUUGGAUGAACUCAGCUCUGUAGUAAAGAAGCACAAUUUAGCUCUUUCGCGGAAAAUUAAACAGUUGAAGAAGGAAUUAAGAGGUUUCGAAUACUCAUUCUUCAGUAUCUUUGAUGCUCUUAAGGAACUCUACGAAAAUCCUUCAACAUAUGGUUUCAAAGAAGCAAAGGCAGCAUGCUGUGGGUUUGGUCCAUACAGAGGAUUUGGUAGUUGUGGAAUGGCAGAGGCUUAUGAGUUGUGUGAAAAUGUGAAGGAACAUGUAAUAUUUGACUUUUAUCAUCCCACUGGAAAGGCUUUCCAUCACUUUGCGCAACUAUGGUGGCAGGGAAAUUCAAAUGUGGUUGAGUCUCAAAGUUUGAAAUCCUUAUUAGCCUUAUUAUUCGCUUGAUCUUUGUAUUCUUUAGUGGCUAAUUGUUAAAUUGUUCGCCGUUUGUGUACUAUUUCAUUUUUUUCAA